CGUGAGACUGGCCCUUUGAACAGAUGCAUUCUGGGAAGCGCUCUCUGUCGCCUCUCAUCAGUUUGUUUUUCUUUAUAUAAAUAUUUAUAACAAUGUCAAGAGCAGGCUGAUGUAUCUGAAUUGAUAUAUACAAAUAAUUAUUCCACCUACCGUAUCUAGGGAGGACUACAACAUGGAAGUCGGUGAAGGUUUCAGUGGUGCCACACCCACAGAGGAGAUGAAUGGAGCUGGAAAUUUGAUGGAUUUCCUGGACGAACCAUUUCCUGAUGUGGGAACAUAUGAAGACUUUCACACGAUUGACUGGUUAAGGGAGAAAUCAAGAGACACGGAUCGCCACCGCAAGAUUACUAGUAAGAGUAAAGAGUCACUCUGGGAGUUGAUAAAGAGCCUGCUGGACGCUUGGUCAGGAUGGGUGGUAAUGCUGUUGAUUGGGCUCCUCUCAGGAACGUUGGCUGGAGUGAUUGACCUGGCGGUGGACUGGAUGACAGACCUAAAGGAAGGGGUGUGUCUGUCAGCCUUCUGGUACAGCCAUGAGCAGUGCUGCUGGACGUCCAACGAGACAACGUUUGAUGACCGAGACAAGUGUCCACAGUGGCAAAAAUGGGCUGAGCUGAUGACUGGCCACACAGAGGGAGCUGGAGCUUAUGUGUUGAACUACUUCUUGUAUAUUCUUUGGGCACUUCUAUUUUCCUUCCUGGCAGUUUCACUGGUGCGAGUCUUCGCUCCAUAUGCAUGCGGUUCAGGAAUCCCAGAGAUCAAGACAAUCCUAAGCGGCUUCAUCAUCCGAGGAUACCUCGGUAAAUGGACCCUGCUGAUCAAGCCGGUCACUUUGGUAUUGGCUGUCUCAUCAGGUCUCAGCCUGGGAAAGGAGGGUCCACUGGUCCAUGUGGCUUGUUGUUGUGGAAACCUCUUCUGCAGCCUUUUCUCAAAGUACAGCAAGAAUGAGGCUAAACGACGAGAAGUGUUAUCUGCUGCAGCAGCCGCUGGAGUGUCAGUGGCCUUUGGAGCACCUAUUGGAGGAGUUCUGUUUAGCCUGGAAGAGGUCAGUUAUUAUUUCCCACUAAAGACUCUAUGGCGUUCGUUCUUUGCUGCACUUGUUGCUGCCUUUACUCUUCGCUCCAUCAAUCCGUUUGGCAACAGUCGCCUAGUAUUAUUCUACGUAGAGUACCAUACACCCUGGUACAUGGCAGAGCUGGUCCCCUUUAUUUUGCUGGGGGUGUUUGGAGGUCUUUGGGGAACCCUCUUCAUACAGGCCAAUAUUGCCUGGUGUCGGAGAAGGAAGACCACCCAGCUUGGGAAGUAUCCGGUCCUAGAGGUCAUUGCUGUGACUGGUAUAACUGCCGUGCUGGCCUACCCCAACCCCUACACCCGCCGCAGCACCAGUGAGCUUAUCUCUGAGCUGUUCAAUGACUGUGGUGCACUGGAGUCCUCACAGCUUUGUGAUUAUAUUAACAACCCCAACAUGAGUCGGCCAGUUGACGAUAUCCCAGAUCGACCAGCUGGACCUGGGGUUUAUAAUGCCCUGUGGCAGCUUGCCCUUGCACUUAUCUUCAAAAUAGUCAUCACCAUCUUCACUUUUGGCAUGAAGAUCCCAUCAGGCCUCUUCAUUCCUAGCAUGGCAGUUGGAGCAAUUGCCGGCCGUAUCGUGGGGAUUGCUGUAGAGCAGAUGGCAUACCACCACCAUGACUGGAUCAUUUUUAAGAACUGGUGUCGGCCAGGUGCUGACUGUGUCACACCAGGACUCUAUGCCAUGGUGGGAGCUGCAGCCUGUCUGGGUGGGGUGACCAGGAUGACCGUCUCUUUGGUGGUCAUCAUGUUUGAGCUCACUGGUGGGUUGGAGUACAUUGUUCCCCUCAUGGCUGCUGCUGUCACCAGCAAGUGGGUGGCAGAUGCCUUUGGGAAGGAGGGUAUCUAUGAGUCACACAUCCAGCUCAACGGCUACCCCUAUCUGGACGUCAGGGAUGAGUUUACCCACCGCACCCUGGCCACUGACGUGAUGCGGCCCCGCAGGAAUGAUCCUCCUCUGGCAGUUCUCACCCAGGACACUACCACUGUCGAGGACGUGGAGACUCUCAUUAAAGACACCGAUUAUAAUGGCUUCCCGGUGGUUGUGUCCCGAGAGUCAGAGCGGCUCAUUGGCUUUGUUCAGCGCAGGGAGCUCACACUAGCAAUCAAAAAUGCACGUCAGAAGCAGGAUGGUGUGGUGAGCAGCUCGGUGGUCUACUUUACUGAAGACACUCCACAGUUGCCUGCCACCAACCCACAGCCACUUAAGCUGCGACGCAUCCUGAAUCUCAGCCCUUUCACCGUCACAGACCACACCCCCAUGGAGACUGUGGUGGAUAUCUUUCGUAAGCUCGGCCUUCGCCAGUGUCUGGUCACCAGGAGUGGGCGCCUGCUUGGCAUCAUCACAAAGAAGGACGUCCUGCGACACAUGGCUCAAAUGAUGAACCAGGAUCCUGAGUCCAUCAUGUUUAAUUAGGGAACAUACACAGGUAAAACAGGUCUGAUGCUACUGUAAUGCAACCUGUGACCAUGAGAGCACUACUCCAUGUGUUUCACAACACUUCUACUUUAAGGGUUCUAGUUCACACUUUCAGAACAUGGCCUGUGUGCAGAUUGAAAAGAAAAGUUAUGUUGCAGACAAUUCUGAGAGCACGGAUUGUGUGUAGAAUUUUGGUUCUUGGAGCUCCCUGUCUGUUUGAACGUUUCCUUGUUUAGUGCUGCAAGAAAAUCAUAACGCGUAGAAAACUAAAGUUAUUAUUGGGACACAAAUAAUGUUGUUAUAAUGAAAAUUAUCUUGUUUCAUUAGUGUGUUAUAAUCCUUUUUACCUAAAAGUUUGUGCCAUCGGUUUUACCUUGCAAGUCUCAGGUUGCAACUGCAACAUGAAAUACAAAAGUACAAAUCAUAAUUCAUCCAGUGACGCAUUGUCAGACAUUUUUUAUUAGACUAGCAGAGACAACAAAUAUUUAAUUUGCAAUGGUAAUAAAAGGGAAAAAUAUUAUCACAUUGAAGAGCUCAACUAAAUGUUCCAUCUUCUCAGUAUUAGUUGUAGUAGUUUUAAAGAGACAUUUGUGUAUGUCCUCACUUCUAUGUCAUGUGUACUAUGCAUUGUGCACAAAACUUCUAAAACCCACUUUAAAUUGAAUUUAAAUUUGUGAAAAUUCAAAUUGAAACAAAUUCUCUAACCAUCUAAGAUUUGAGAAGAAUGGUACCUUGACCUUAUUUAUGUUGUAAAAUAUUGGAACCAGAGAUUUAAAAUAAGUGAGUAUGUAUUCAGCGUCAGCAAACCCUAAAAUUAGUGUGAAAUCUUUCUGUCCCAGAUUUUAUUUUAAGUACUGAUGCACCUUGUUUUCCCUUGUUAUCACUACUGCCAUAUUUAUAUUAACACUGGAUAAAGUUUAACAGCUACAUGUUUUUGUUGGAACUGCUUGAAUGCAGAAACUGACAUAAUGUCUUUACUGUUGUAACUGGAGCUUUUUUUUUCUUCAGCCCAAUGUUGGACACAAUUCUCAAAAUGUGACCUAAAGGAGCCCACACAUGCUUUUAUUCAUGCUAAAGAAUUGGACCUUGAUUCCUCAAUAGGGUGUCUGUAACUUUUCAUUUCAACAAGCUCAGCAGAUUGUCCACACUGCCCGUCUCAAAGUAUAUUUUCAGCCCCCCGGUAGAAAACGCUGUUUUAGGAGUCCGUCGCACGCGCACUUGAUCGCCACACCUCUUUGCGGAAGCGCUCAGGUCACAAAAUCCCGCUUGUUGUUUGCCUGAAGCUAGCGACUAACAGCACGCUAACGGUUAACGGCACAUUACCGGCCCAACCAACACCGGGCGGACGGCAACGAAUGGACCUCAUGGUUCUAGCUGGAGAGUGACGCUGCACACAGCACCUCGUAACACGGCAGUAGCUGCUUAGCGCUGUUGCUGUCUGCGGUAGACGCUGUGCUGCAGCUUCACGCUGUCCAGUUGUGUGCGUCAAAAAAUACUGAUUUGUAUUCUCCUUUUUCUGGACCGCAGGUGGUUCUGUGAGUAGUUGGCGAGGAUGACGUAGUACUGUGGAAAUAGGACAAAAACCGUGCUUACGCGGGAUUGUCUAAAAUAAAGUGCACUUCUGACACACCCGGAGUGUGUUAACAUGAACCAUAACCAUAGAAAUGUGGAUAAAAAUAGUGAUUUUUGCAUGUGCGGGCACCUUUAAAGGUCUUGUUAUAUAAACUGACGUUAACUUCUGUUUUUGUGGCACAAAAAGCUAAAUUUAGCUUAUUAAUAUUAUCAAUUACAGACAGGCAUUUGACUAUAAAGACACUGAAAACAACAUAUACAUGUGUCUUUAAUGUUUAUAUUUUAACACAGAUGUGAAAAAAUACCAUGAGAAUAUAAAUAAUGUGAAAAAUGACCAUGCUGCUCAACCGCUUGUUCCCAUCAUCCACCUCUUGUGUUGGUACGUCUGCUGUAGUGAAAACUAACCUCAAGUCAUAGCUGCUAACAGUUGGAGAAUUCUCGUUAAAUUAGCAAUGAAACAAGUCAAACACUUUAUUUUAUUUAAUGCCAGAAUGUAUUGUUGUAAAUAUGUUAUUUUGAUUCAUUGAUUUUGUCUGAAACACCAAAAUGUUCUGUGAUUGUGUUUUUAUUUUAAACUUUAUAGAUUAUUCUGAAGCAUGGAAAAUGAGGUACUUGCACUAUUUGUUGAGAAAUUGUAAAUAAAGUGACAUUAAGAUUGAGACGGUAAAUAAAGAUGGUUCAUAUUGCCUCAGUUUGAA